AUGGCGGACAUCGCAGGUUUCAAUUCCAACACAAUCCAAUCGGAGAUGCCUUUCUCUUUCAAGCCUGCAAUCCCUCCGGGUUCCAGGGUUCUAGUAACUGCGGUCAAUAGCUAUAUUGGCUCUCAUGUUGCUCACAUGCUCCUUGACCUAGGCUACAAAGUCCGAGGGGCAGGUCGUGACUUCGAUAGAUGCCGUUGGGUGAUUCAGCGUUUUGAGGGACAAUACGACAAAGAAGCCUUUGAAUUCGUUGCUGUUGAAAACAUGAGUUCGGAGGGUGCUUAUGAUAAAUCGCUCUCAGGAAUUGCCGGAGUAAUACACGUUGCUUCUCCUACACAGUUCUCCUCGGAUCCUAACGAGAUAAUUCCUACUGCCACAAAUGGAGUGCUUAGCGUAUUGGAAUCUACCCUUCAACAGAAAAGUGUACUCCGUUUUGUUUUGACCUCGUCGUCAGUCGCAGUUCUGGAGCCCAGUUCGCAAAGUUUGGAGGUGACCAGCGAAAUGUGGAAUGAGGAGGCUGUCCAUAAAGCUUGGGCACCUCCGCCCUAUUUACAGGAAAGGGCGAUGGCUGUGUACGCGGCUAGUAAGGUCCGGAGUGAGCAGGCGAUGUGGGACUGGCUUGCUCGCAAAGACCCGUCUUUUAAAGCAAAUUCAGUUAUUCCCUCCUUCGUAUUUGGAAGACGGUGGGACUGGCUUGCUCGCAAAGACCCGUCUUUUAAAGCAAAUUCAAUUAUUCCCUCCUUCGUAUUUGGAAGACCCCUUGAUGUCCAAUAUCAGGGCUACCCAUCCUCAUCCGGGAUCCCAAUCGUUGUUUAUGACAAUGAUCCGAAAAAGAUGGCGGAAUUUAUCGAUAACUUCCCACCAUUCUUUUUCGUCGAUGUCGAGGAUGUUGCGCGGCUGCACAUUGCUGCUCUGCUGCACCCUGAGGUUGCUAAUGAACGCUUAUUCGCGUUUGCCGGUCCGUUCAAUCGCAAUGACCUUAUAAGGACUUUGCAGCAUCUCUUCCCGGAUCGGCAGUUUCCCGAAGAAUUCCCCAGUUCGACGCAGAAUGAAAGCAAAAUUUUGCCCGCAAAACGAGCAGAAGACCUGCUAAAGCAGAUGUGGGGAAAGGGGUUCUCAUCUCUAGACGACAGCCUGAGAGCAAAUCUUGAGGAAUACUUUUGA